CAAGUCGUCUACACACUUGAUUGGUCAUUUUCGUCGUCGUUCCAUUCUGCUCAGUAGUGUGAAAGUAAUAUGUAUAUUGCCGCUAAUGAUGUUAAUUGUGCAACAAAUUGUUGCAAUUAGUGAUAAUGUACAGCUGUAUUUGUGCACAAAGUAAUAUAAAAAUGCUUCAGCUUUAGUACUACAUCCUAAAAAUUUCACCAGCUUAGUUUUCAUCGGACCUUUAUUUCAAAGUGGUCGCUUUCAACAUGGCGCUGGACAUUUUUGCGCUUUGUGCGCGUUUCAACUAUCGACUCAUACGCUACUUCUUCUUCACUAAGUUGUAUUACAACAAGAGUACGCAAAGGCUUGAGAUUAGAGCAAGGAAUCGUUACUUUCGCCGAUCAAUACAAUAUGUAAUGAAUUUUACUGUCGCCGCGUACGCUUUCGUUUUGAUAGCAAUACCAUUGGGCACUUUUAUGAAAUAUAGGCGAAGAUCUCAACAGUUCUCGGAUGUGGAACUUUUUACCAUAUAUUACAUCUCGGUAAUAUUCAUCGUGCAUAUAAGCAGUUUGGCGACAAUUUUCUAUCAAAUGCAAUGCAAGCAAACCAGUAAAUUUUUGAAACGGUUUUUUAAUCAGUUUUUCGAAAUACAAGCCAAUAUUUCGCAGCUUUGUGGUCAGAACCAGGGGAAACUUGAAACUCGCAGAUUCUUAUUGCUGUUGUUUAAAUUUAUAGUAUUGCUUGUAGCUUUAAUAGCAUCUACGCGUACCUUCCAAAUCGUACUCGUAAAUAUUUUCAACUUUCCUCUCUUUGAGCUCGUUUAUAUCGCGAAUUAUAUGAUGAUUUUAAGGCUGCUAAUGUUGCAAGAAGAUUUGAUCAGAUCCAUUAAGCAGCAGGCUGAGAAACAAAUGGCAAGCGAAACAAGUGAUUGCACAGACGCUUGUCAGCGCAUCAGCGAAGCACUUCGUGAUGCACUCGCUUUACGCAGGCGUUCGGAAAAACUGCUUAUGAGUUUUUUAGCAUAUUUCGGUUGGUUCGAGAAGCUGCUUGUGCUCGACAAUAUAUUAUGUGUCUAUCUCACCAAACAGUUCAUCGUGUGUGUCAUUUAUCAGGGUGCCGUUUCAGGCGCCCUAGUGCCAGUGGUGAUCAAAUAUAUAUUGAAUUUGUUGCUCAUUGGCACGAUCAGUGACACGUUCACGGAUUUGGAGGCAAAACUCAACACAUACUUGACUAUACUUGUGGCAACACUGUCACGGCGUCCUCAAAUAUGCGCGGAGUGCGCUGAUUUGAAACGUGUGGUGAGUAAAGAUGUUUUCAUAAAAUAAAAUUUAUAAUAUUUUUAUAAUUAUUUUUUCAGUUGGAUGUUUAUUUCUGUGGCAAGAAUUUGCGCAUCAACAGCAUUGCCAUCUUUCGUGGAUUUUAUUGGUCAAGAGAGUAUGUUUUCGAUCUGCUGCAUCGUCUCAUUUUAUUUGGCGUUAGUAUGACGCAACUUGAAGUAGUGAAGGAGAACUCUUGUAAAUUUAAUUAAUAAAUAUGUGUGUGCACAUGUAUAUAUAAUAAAAUAUAUACAUACCUAUGUUUAAUGCGUGGGCGGUUGAAUGGAGAAGUAUCAUCAUAUAUAAACUCAAGCUUCAUGAAAAAUUUCGGACACUUAUACACAUAAUCGAAUCAAUGUAGGCAAUAACUAAAACUCUGGUAUUUCCGCACCUAAAUAAAAUGCUGAAAGCCAAAAGUCUGAGAUAUAGAAAUGCUCAAAUACGCCAUUAGCCAAAUAAAAUAGGUUCUACAAGGGGACACUCCGAAUCGAUGGAAGGACGAAAAGACGGAGGAAACAAAGCUCCUCUUGCUGGUUUGUCUGAAAAAGUCGCUCAACUGAGAGCUAAAUGUCUGAAGUUUGGACUUAGACAACAACGGGCAAGAGGAAGCACUGACUUUGCGGAAGUCCUUACAAACUUUGGAAACAAUAAAGUACAUAUACGGAGGGAGCUUCCGGGUUGUAUCCAACGCAAUUCGGUUCUCGGAAACGACGAAGCACUGUGGAUGCUAUAAAUAGUGUUUAAAAAUCAGCUGAAUUAAAAACGCCUUCAACUCAGCGAAGUGACUCUAAUUAUUAGAGCUCUGGCAGAGUUAACGAUUUCUGACUACGUUAUCGAAUUGUGGCAAGUUAUUUCGAAAACAGAGUACUAGUUGACGACAAAGAAUUUUAACCUGAAAAGUACAAAGUUACAGGCGGUGUUCUGCAAUGGUCAGUUCUCAGCCCUGUACUCUGGAACGUAAUGUAUGUAAUCGUAUUCUAAGAGUCGCGAUGCCAGAUGCCACAAAGAUAUUAGUACAUAAGAACCACAUUGGACGUAGGUGUAGCGAAAACCCUUGAUAAGGCGAAGAUCCCGUGUACUGAAAGCAUUGGCAAUGUUAAAAAAUAGCUCGAAACUGCUGGCUCCCAACUACUGCUCACAAAAUGGAAUACGAGUAGAUGGUAGUAAUGAGUACUUUAUAUUGAUGGGCAUACCAUAAAAUCGAGCCCAUAAAUCAAAUAUCCAGGAGUAGCCCUAGAUCACAGACUUCAUUCAGUAGCCGCACAUAUCAAAGCGGCGAGAUCUGUGUUGGCAAUUGCUACAACAAUGCCCAAUAUACUAGGCUCCAGACAACUAGUGAUAAAGCUGAUGAGAAGUGUAAGUAGCUCGAUUAUUUCAUACGCGGCGCCAAUUUGAUUAUCUGCUACUAGACUUCGUUCCUACAUGGGAGCAGUUGCUUUGGUACACAGACUGGCGUCACAACGAACCUGCUGCGCAUUCAGAACAGUGUCGGAUGACGCAAUCAUUGUUAUAAAAGGCUAUUGGUUCUCUCAUCCCACAAGGUGUGUUUCAAAGUAAACUGGACUUUAAAAAAAUCAUAACAAAAGGGUUUUUGCGAAAUGAAGUCAUUUUAUUCAAAAUAGUCUCCAUAAUAGCACAGGUCCAAAAGCAUGUCGAACGGUAUGUGCGCCCGUAUGCUGGAACAAAAAUUAUCGAAUUUUUGGCCUAAAAUUAAAAAUCAUCACUUUGGUGUUUAGCGUUGGACACUACUCAUAAACUCUGGGUUUAACAAUAAAAAAAUUAAUUGAGUUUCGUUGUAGAAUUCAGAAAGUGGACCAUAAAUUGGUGUUUAACCUUAAACUCCACUUAUAAACUCGAGUUUUAUAAUAAAGAAAUGGUCCAAGUUUCAGUCUAGAAUUAAAAAAACGAUUUAUGAACUCAGAGCUGAACUAUAAAACAAUGGUCCGAUUUUCUCUAAAAUUAGAAAAGAAACCAAAAGUUGAUACUUAUCCUUAAACACCACUUAUAAACUAGGAGUUAAAAGAUAAAAAUGGUCAGGAUUUCGAUGUAAAAUUAAAAAAUGAGACAGAAAUUGUGCCUUUAGAUUGCUACUUACA